UUUGCCGUGAUCAGUGUCGCACUUCCAGGGGGGGUUUUCAGUGUGUGUUUCUAUUUAUUAUUUGACGAUCCCUUAUUUGUACCACCCAGGAAGUACACUUCGACCCAAUUGUGGAUCACGCCAAAGGGAUAUGACAAUAAAGGUUCCGGCGACCUUUUGUUGCCUGAUAGCGGCCGCGUACGCCGCUAUAGCACCCGGCCAGAACGCAUACCUGCCACCAAAAACGGGAUACGAUUAUCCACCCCCGAGGGUUCCGUUCCCCACUCCCCCUCCAAGUUUCCCACCACCGAGACCUCCGUCGCCACCCUCACCGAGACCUUCGUACGGUCCUCCACCAACGCCCCCUACAAGACCGCCGCAAGCAACGGUACCUCCUCCUUACCGCCCGUCUAACCCACCUUCGAUACCUUCAGUGCCUUUUAAACCCACUACACCUCCCCCGAGCUACAGACCUCCGUCCACUCAGAGACCAUCGUAUAGACCUCCUCCGACUCAGAGACCUACUUCGCCUCCAUACAGACCUCCAGGAACCCGCCCUCCGAGUUAUUUGCCACCCCAACCCCCAGCACCGACUUAUCGUCCACCGUCACCUCCGCCUAGACCUUCCUACGGACCACCACCAACUGCACCUUCUUACAGGCCGCCGACCUACGGACCUCCUCAACCGCCAAGUAGACCACCUUUUAGGCCGACACCGCCACCGUACAAACCUCCACCUCAACCUCCCAGACCCAGCUACGGCCCCCCGCCCACAAGUAGACCGCCUCAAACCCCACCACCCGGAAUACCACCCAGAACCGGCCCACCACCGACGUACGGACCCCCUCGGCCACCUGGCCAACCGAUUCCGGGGAAUGGAGAGAAUGAUCACCUCUUAUUACCUCAUAAACCCGCCGAACCUUUCGACUUCAAGUACGCCGUGAAAGACACGUACGGGAACGACUACUCUCACAACGCUAUCAACGACGGUGAUACCACCAACGGAGAGUACCGAGUGCAACUACCAGAUGGCAGGACCCAAGUCGUCAACUACGUAGCCAAUUGGGCAAGCGGUUUCCACGCCAAGAUACGAUACGAAGGUCAACCGACGUAUAGACCAGGACCAAGUCCCGGUUACCCUCCGGGACCUCCCGGCUCUGUGAGACCCCCAAGCCCGACUGGACCAGGGUACCCUGGUAGACCAUCUCCACCUUCGAGACCUGGACAAGAGUACACUCCAGAUGGAGGUUACAAAUAUUAAUUAAUGUUUCAGAAACUCGGUACAAAAACAACACAUUGAUAACACUGACCCGAAUAUACAGGAUGCGAAGGAAAUUAGGUGUGUACGAAGAGAUAUAAUUCCCAUUGCAUCCUGUAGCCAACUUGCGAUCGAACUAUGAAACGACAUUUGCGAAAAGCCGCCACCUUCGGCAACGUAACGUAUAUUUUUUAUAUUUGGCACUAGCCAAUAACACGAAAUCGUAUUGCCAGUUCUAGUGCGAGGUCGGAAUUAUAUAUUCAAUUCUUGCAGUGGGUCACCAUGUAAAUUAUUUAUGUAAAUGCGAAAAAAAUAAAAUAUUUUUUU